AAGCCAACGAGCAAUAACCUUUCACUGAUUUGCUUGGAUACAAAAUAUAUAUGCUAGGUCAUAGGACCAUCCAACUACCACCAACUUCUUUCCUACUACGUUUUGUGUUUGUGUAACGUAUUGCAAGGUUUUACUGCGGAAAGGGGCAUGAGCGAUGGAAUCACAGUUGCCUAUACCAAUCAUCUUACCAUUGAAGUGCUAUAUCACUUUUUUAUGAUUAUCUCUCUUCAAUUUCUACUUUUUCUCAUAUAUUCAAGAUACAACGAAGCACAAGAUCGAAUUGAAUAUCCAAACAUGGAAUCCCACAGCUUAUCUGGUCAGAUAUAUGACAGUAUGUUUGAGUUUGAUAUUGUUGUCAUUGGCUCCGGUAUGAAUUGCUUUCUUUCUUUCCAUCCUGAGUCAUCUACAUACAUAAUCACGCAUUGUAUCCAAAAACUACAGUUCAUUAACUUUGUACCACGUCUUACAGGCCUAAGUGGUUUAGCUUUUGCUAGAUUCUACCUCGAUAUUCAUCCAGAAGUGAGGCUAGUUAUCCUCGAAGAGGACGUGUGCCUUGGCGGCGUUUGGAGCUCAAGUAAGUGUUGUUUCGUCUGGCUACCGUCCCCAUCCUAUAUUUACCAAUAUAUAUUGACUUGUGUGUGUAAUUUCAAGGACGAUCAUAUGAUGAAUUCUGGUGUCAAAGUGGCCGUCGAAUGUCUGGAUUCUCCGAUGUCCCUCUCACUGUUCCUGAAGAUGCACCUUUGUACCACGAUACCUUCGAAGCAAAAUACGUCACCAAUUAUCUCGAGGAGUAUGCAGAUAAUCACAUAUACAACGGGAAGACCCUCUUUUCAAGGAUACGUUUCGGCCAGCAAGCUGUCAAGAUUGACAAGAUAGAUGAUAUAUGGCAUGUCACAACAACUACUAUAGCUCAUCUCACAUCAAAAACUCAAAACAGGAUGAUCUUUACAUGCCCUAAGCUUGUUGUUGCCACCGGUCGUACCUCGCUUCCCCAUAUUCCUCGAAUUGAUUUUGGUUCGGGGAUGACAAGUAGCUUUGAUUCCGUUCAUCAUCAUAAAGAGUUUGGAAAAUUAUCAAAGCAUCCACUUCCCCGGGCCAGCGGAGUAUUAUACUUCGCAGUUCUAGGUGGUGGCAAGUCUGCUGCAGAUAUGGUCUACGAGUCAAUCAAGAAAGGUCACAACGUUAAGUGGAUUAUUCGGAGAACUGGCGAAGGUCCAGCUCUGCUAUUUCCCGCCCCUGGGUAUGGCCGUUACAAGAACUCGGUCGAAAGUUCAGCAACCAGGAUGAAGGCACUGUUCAGUCCGUCUCCGUUUAUGCCAAAAUCAUGGUGGUUUUCCUUGAUACGUGUCAUUCUAUACGGAACUAGUGUUGGGAUAAACUAUAUGAUGGAAAGAAUAGACGCCGUUAAUCAAUAUUGUCGUAAGGUGGCGGCAUAUGAUACCAGGCCGGACUCGUUGCCAGGGUUCCCACUCCUUGAUUUUACUACCUCGUGAGUCACCCUCGACUAUGUGUGGAAGCCAUACUGAUAACAUUAGUGCAUUCUGGUGCACUGGACCUGUAGGACUUGUGCAGCAUGACGAUUUCUGGGAUACAAUAUCUCAAAAUGCUCAAAUUUAUCGCAACGACGUUGUCUCUUACAAAGACAACAUCAUAACUUUAGACAAUGGCACUCAACUUUAUGCGGAUGAAUUAUUACUAGGAACAGGCUGGACUACCACUCAAAUAUGCUUUUCUGAUACACAAGCUCAGUUUUUAGGUCUCCCUCAUUUCAAGGCAAAGAAUAAUGCAAAAGAAAGGAAGUUUUGGGAACUCAUUUAUGAAGAGGCAGAUCGUCAAGUAAUUACCGACUUUCCACUCCUUGAAAACCCUCCUCCAUAUCGAAAAGACCGCUCUGCCCCUCACACAACAGUACAACAGUUAUACAAAGGCAUUGCACCGCUUAGAGACAACUCGAUCGCAUUUCUAGGGGCAAUAGAUAUGUCGAACUCUUUCCGUACAGCCGAGACACAAGCUAUCUGGACCACAGCAUACUUCGACGGUAACAUAACUCUACCUCCGAACGAACAGAUGUUGAGAGAAGUUGCCUACAUGGGGGCGUUUUCGAAACGGAGAUACCCUACUCGUGGUGUAAAGGGAGAGUGUUUUUUCUUUGAGCUUGUUUGGUAUACCGAUGCUUUGCUUCAUGAGGUUGGCUUGAGAUCGCAUCGCAAAGGAUGGUGGGCUGACUGGGUGGAACCCUGUCUUGCAUCGGAUUUAAAGGGAAUGAAGGAUGAAUACAAGAAGAAAUUCGGAUUGUGAGCGUUCUGUUAGGCACUCAAUUUGCAUUAUUACUAGUCGUCAUUCGUUGAGUGAAGUUGCGACUUCUUGGAAUAACGCUUAGGUACUCAUCAUCAUUGCACACUUACCGUAAUUAG